AAAAAAAGCAAGAGGAGAAAACAAUGCUGCAGGUAACAUGAAAAAGAAAUAAACCAUUUACAAAAAAUAUACACUUAAAAUUUUUACAUUUUAAAAAUAAAUAUAUUUAAUUAAUUAAAAAUAUAAAUUUUUAUAUCAAGCAAACUAUCAAUCAAUAUCUAAAAAAAUACCCAUCAAAAAUUCAAACAAAAUCUUUUAGUCAAAGCAAUGGAAUCCGUUAUUCACAUUACUAAUUUAACUCCUGAAAUCACUAUUGAUGAGAUCAAGGAAACAUAUGCUAAGAGUGGUACAAUCAACAAGAUAAUUUUAGGUCGUAACGAAGCUCUUGUUUUCUUCAGCGAUGAAGAUGAAGCCGAAAGUGCUUUAGUUUUUACUAACAUUGGAGAAAUUGAAGUUGAAGUUAACUAAGCCACCACUCUCACUUUGAAUGAUGUUGUAUAAACUUUUGACCACAAUGAGACCUAAGAAUCUACAAAAGAAGCUGGUUAAUCUAAUAUCUCUUCUUCAGUUAAUGAUUAUGAAGUUAUAACUCAUAGCUAAAUCAAAUAAGAGACUGUUGUUGAAUAGCUAAUAGCUCCUUAAGUUGAAGUAAGAAAUGAAGUUGAAGCAAGAAAUGAAGCUGAAACCCUAAAAACUGAAUAGGUUCGCUAAGUUGUAGUAGAAGAAGCUAAGGAUUAAGUGAAUAAAAUUUAAGAACAAGCAGAAAUUAAGGUUGAAUAAGUAUAAGAGAAAUUAGCUUAAUGGACUGAAAAUAUUGAAAGAUAACCUCUUUAAGUUCAACAUGAUUAAUAAGCUGUAGUAGAAGAGUAUAAGCCUGUUGUUGUUGAAUAACCUAAGACAGUUAUAGUCGAACAACCUAAAUAGGUCUAAGUUGAAGAAAUUAGACAAGUUGUCGUAGAAGAGCCAAAGAGAGAAGUUGUUGAAUAACCUAGAAAAAUUGUAGAAGAGCCUUAAAUUACUAAAGUUGAAGAACCUAAGCACGUAGAACAAAUCAGAUAAGUCGAAGUUUAAGUCCCUGUUGCUCAAUCCAUUUAAGCAAAAGCUGAAGAAAAAACUCAAGUAUGCCCUCCUGAAUCAAAGCCUUAAGUUUGCCCAUACGCUGCUGGAUCAUGCUCUACAUCUAGUACUAAUUCUACUAUAAAUUCAGUUUAACUCCUCAAUGCUUUAAAAAAUACUUCUCUUCCUGAAAGAAGCAAGCCUGUUGCAUCAGAUGUUUUCUAAAAUGUCUUCAAUCCUAAUUUCCUUUCUGGCUUAGUUGGCUUAUUGAUUGCUAUCACUAUAUUCUCAUAAAUAUUUUGA